ACUUUUCUUUGGGGGGAGAGAGGCAGAGGCAAAUCUCUCUCUCACUCACUCUCCCACUCUCUCUCGUCCUUUGUUGCCCCCCCUCCACUGCCGCUGCCGCUGCUGCGCCUCUUGGCCCCCUCUUGAAAAAACAGAGGUGCCUUGCGCGCGAUUGAAUUUCCCUUCUUGCCCAUGAUGAUCCGUAGGCGAUUCCCGACAUCUCUCGCGCCUUGGGAUUCGCUGCGGCAAUCAACUUCUACUACGAGCCCGGAAUCACACCACCGGGACUGAGGAGACCUCGGGUUUUUCUCACUCUCACUCUCACCCUCUCCCUCUCUCCCGACCAGCAGCAGACCACCGUAUCAUCUGUGUUCUUUACUCUCCUCUUCUGCUCAUACGCUCUUCUGGUGCUCGCCCUUCGCGGGCUGAGCCUGGGAAAAUAAUGUCUCUACAGCAGCGAGCUUUGUGGGGCACCGCGCCUCCGGAGCCUCGGAGUGUCUCUGCCAACUGGCCCACGGUUCUGUUCUCAUGGUGGUGCACUUGCUUCGCGGCCUUCAUCAUCGUGACGAGAGUUCUGGGCCGAAAAGUCCGAAGCAACAAGCUCUUUCGGGAAGAUUGGACGAUGCUAGCUUCGAUUGUGCCUCUGUUCAUUCGAAUGAUCUUGAUUCACUUCGUUCUGACAUAUGGCACCAACAAUGUCGAAACUGUGGGACAGCAGUUCACCGAGCGGCAAUUACAUCUGCGGAAGAUCGGAUCGAUGCUCGUCUUACCUGCGAGGAUCUUUUACGCGCUCUACAUUUGGGUCUCCAAGUACACCAUUUCCGAGUUUCUCAAGCGUAUCACCGGCCGGAUCUGGCGGAAACGAUAUGAAUGGGUCCUGCAAUGCAUCCGGGUGUUUCUGGUGCUGACCUUCAUUGCGGUCGUGAUUGCGACCUUGAGUGAGUGUACACCGUUCGAACACUAUUGGCAGGUCGAGCCGGACCCAGGGCCGCAUUGCAGACAGGGCUUCGUGCAACUCCUCGUGAUGGGAUCGUGCGAUGUGGUGACGGAUAUUCUUCUCGUGGCGUUUCCCAUCCCCGUGGUUCUCAGCUCCGGUCAAACGUGGAAACGAAAGCUGCAAAUGAUUGCCCUCUUUGGCUUCUCGAUUCUGAUGAUCGGCAUCACUGCGACUCGCAUGCCCAAGGUCAUCAUCCACGGAGGCAGACAGCAGUAUCGGUCGGUGUGGGCAUCCGGCGAGAUCCUCGCUUCGGCGUUUGUCUCGAACGCGGUCAUUCUCGGGUCAUUCCUGCGGGACAAGGGCGAGAAGAAGAAUAAGUUCCGCAAAUACAGUGUCACGGAAAGUAUCGAGCGGGCCGCCGUCAAGAGGCCGAAGUUGACACGAUUGCAAUCCAAUGAGAGCGACGAGGAACUGUUCUAUGCUCUGGGCUGCAGACCUCCUGAGCAUUUACGAUCCCCACCCAACUACUCUGCUCGACCUGCACCUCCUGCACUUUCGGCAUGUGAGACGGCAGCAAACGGUACGCUCCAUGAGCGAGCGGACACCUCCCUCGGGGCGCUCAUUGAUGGGGACGAGAGCGACGAGGACAAUGACGGAGACGUGUCGCCUGCACAGAUGAGACUCGCGCAAGUAUUGCCCUCCCCCGCACCUUCGACGGCGCCUGGAUCUCACGACGUCGACGAUCAAUCCUGGGCCAGCAGAUCGAGAAAGGCCAGCAACACGAGCUCGGCGGGACCAGGAAUUUCUGCAUACGACUUUGCACACGGACCUGACAGUUUCGAUGGACACGCUCGGUCUGCCUCUGCAUUCUUGCGCAAUGUCGGCGGCCGCUUCCACGUGCGCGACCAUGCACACGACAAUCGAGAUCGUGGCUCAUCGCCCCAUCACCAUCACCGACACGCUCACCGCAUGCCGACUGCAGCAUCGGCCCCGAUUGGGGUGUUGGGUCCUAUGCUCGAAAGACACGAGACGGAUGUGACGCUGCAGGAUGCGGGAGGACUGUUAAUGUCCAGUCCGUUCAGCGCGAAUCCACCAGAAUUGCACGCGCCGGCAUGGUCCAGCCCUGCCCGACGAGUUCGAGUUGAUGCGGAAGACAUUGAGCUGGAAGACAUUGGCGGACUCCUAUCCGACGACCGAGAAGCCAGUGCUGCGGCGUUGCGUCGAGUGAUGGAACGUCGAGAAUCUCGACAGGACGGAGGGAGUGCUGCCGGCCCAUCUCAGCAGCAGCAGCAGCCGGGCGGAUUUGAUGACAUGGUAUUGCACGAUCUAGGAGGGCUGAUCGGCGGCGGCAGGUGAAGAUGAGGUUUUUGUUGGGCGGAUUGGUUGGUUGGUUGGUUGGCAUUGUUGACUUGUUGUGGUUUGAGAUACCCCCGCGCGUUACCUUUUUGUAAAGAAGACUUCAUUAUGAUGAUGAUGAUCAUUAUUAUUAUUACUAUUACUAUUACUAUUGUCCAUAUAUUACAA